CCAACUGCGGAUCGGAGUAGAGGUCUGUCUUUCGCGCUUCUUUUCAGUGUAUGGAAGCUUUAUUUUUCUAAACAAAUAGUUAAGAACUCAACAAAAGUACGAAAUUAAUUUAUUCUAAAAAGGCACAAACGAUUUGGAGGAUUACGAAUUUUUUCAAAAAGAUGUGGCACCUAUCCUGAUCGAUUUGGAACAGUAGUGCAAGAUAAGUUUGUUCUGAAGGUGGAAAAGUUCUAAUUUUUUCUAUUCGGAAGGUCUUUGGAAUCAUAUGAUCGCUGUUUUUGGAUUCUCUACUACUCGAUAUUGAAAGUCAAGGGAGCAUUUAUCGUCAUCAUGGGAUUUCUUCAUUUGUGGCUGACUAUUUUCAGUGUAGCGGUGGUCACAGUGCAUGUAUCGUUUGCAGAUACUGUGUAUGAAGCUUUGGGCCGGCAAGCGGAUCUAAGCAAGUUCUUCGAAAUGGUGAAUCGUGACGAAGUGCUGCGAAAGCUCCUCCAGUACUGGCCCGUCACCGUGUUCGCCCCCACCAACGACGCCGUCGAGAAAAGCAAUGAAUGGAUUGUGGGCAGAGAGAACAAAGUGGUCUCCUAUCACGUGCUUAAUCAAGUGGCUGAGAAAGCUUCUUUCCCAUUCAAGUCUCCAACAUCCUUAGCCGGAUCGCCUCCGCUCUAUCUGCAAGUUAAAGAAGGCCCUUGGAAAGAUUACUUCGUGAAUAAUGCCAAGAUUCUCCGUUCCGAAGACUACAUAUCCCAAGACGGGACAAAACAACUUCUGUAUGUGAUCGACGAGAUUCUUCAACCGUAUGUUUCCAGUACUUCCCUACCACCCACAGCUUUAGACCUGCUCGACAAGCCGGAACUGUACGACAUCCGGGAACCUCUGAGUGCAUUCGAUUUUCGAGUGAAGCAAGAGGGUCUGCAAGAACUCUUUAUGAGGGAGGGGAACAACACUUUCUUUCUUCCGGUGGGUGCAGGAGUCGGACAUAGUUUCAAUAGACAGCAGGAAGUGGAUAAGUGGGUGAUUCGCGGACAUGUCAUACCCAGAACCAUUCUAUUCACUCGGCUGGUUAGUUUCGACAGUUACCCCAGCGAAGCGUACGGCGACGACAUAAAAGUCGAGCUAACCAUCAUAAAUGAAUCGAAUGCUAUGGGCAAUUCUUACAGUCUCUAUGCUCAGAGCAAUACUAUUCAUAGCGACUACCGACACAAGAAGGGUGUGGUGAUGGCAAAAAUUCUGAAACCAAACAUCCCCGUGAAGAACGGCGUGGUGCACCUUAUCGAAAGCCCACUCAUGAUCAUCGACAUUACGGUCUGGAAGUUCCUGCAGAACGAGAAAGAUGGAAGACUGUCGGAAUUCUUGGACUUGGUGAACUACGCCCCGGACUUCAAGGAGAUUCUGAUGAGUUCGCAGGAAAAAACUUUGUUUGCUCCGUCUAAUGAAGCUAUUCGUCAAUUGCCUGCGGAAGCGGUGGCAACCAUCAAAACCAACAUCACUGCCAUUACGAACUUAUUGAAACUCCAUUUGGUGAUGAAGAGCGUAUCUACAGAUGAUGUGCUGUACGGAAGAUACAAGGACUUUAUAUCGGCGGAUAACAGAAACAGCCUUUACUUCCGAAUUUUGGGAGACGAGAAAAACAAAACUUUAACUGUUGACGGUGUUGGUGUGAAAGCCGCUGCAAUCCAGGCCGAUAUCGGAGCUGUCGAUGGAAUGGUGCACAUAAUUGAUCGUCUUUUAGGCAUGCCUUACCAGACAGUUUACUUAAAACUGGCUUCUGACCCAGAUCUGAAAAUCACCUACGAGCUGGCGGAACAGGACGACUGGGCCUCACUACUCAAUGCAUAUGAAAAACGAUUCACAUUUUUUGUACCAGGGAACGAGGCUUGGGAGCAGCUGCGAAAUGAAAUGCCAACCGAGUAUAAGCAGUUAACGAUGAGAGUAUUUCCUUACCAUGUGCACAAGAUUCUGGAUCGUCAUCUUGUUGUCAACAGAGAAUUACGAUCUACCGAUUUGGAAAGACUAAAAGAUAUUCAAAUGGUUCAUGGAAAUUUCAAGGUCAUCCAUAGUGGUUAUCCUAAUGGAAAGAGAAAUAUAUCUGGAGGUUUGCCUCCUCUAGGUGAACUAUUGUUGGAAUGGGAAGGACUUCAAGCCCGCAUCAUCCGCCCAGACGUUCAGGCUGUGAAUGGAGUUAUUCACGUGAUCGACCGCGUCAUGAUGAAAAGGCGUGAUCUUACGAAAUCCGAAUCUUCGAUUGGCCCACGCUGCACUGGCUUCUUAGUAUUCAUCCUCGCCUUUAUUCAAGUCGCCAUCUUGUUCUGAAGACCAAUUCGCAAAGACGCAGAACAACAAGAGCACACAACAAACAAAUUCAACAACACUCGCCGCGACGACUUUGGACGUACAAUGAGUAUUCAUACUCACCAAUCUGAAGUGUGCUUUUUUGGCAUACUGAUCGGCUUAGGCCGCAAACUUGUGUUCAAACGUAUGAAACAUUCUUGAAAUCCUCUCAACACCGUUUGAUACAAAUAGAAGGAAAAUUUAGAAAUUGACGGGAUAAAGAUUUGAUAUAUUUGUGUGCUGAGGGGGGAAAGGGCUGUGUGAAAAAAAAAUAUCAUAGAUGAACAGAACAUGUAUUUAAAAUUAUAUAGAGCCAGAUUAUAUAAAUGCUUGCGAUUAGAGUAUAAAAAAAUUAAAAGCUGAUUUAGUGAGCAUUACCAAAAUUCGAACGUCCAUCUAUGCUUUCAAAAGUGCAUAAAAGAAAAUAUCAUCAAUUUUAACUAAAGUAUUCAUUAAUGUUGAUUAAUUCAGCCAAAACGUGAUGUAUUGCAUAUAAAUUUAAUGUAACGCGCAUAGAUAUUGAAAAAAAAUUAUCAAUAGUUGAAGGAAUUUAAAUCAGAACGCAUUAGAUAAAUUAAGUGAAUAGAACAAUGUGGAAUUUCAACGCUCAAAAAUAAAAUGCUUUUAUAAUAUUAGACGAAAUUAGUUUUCUAAUAAAUAAAAUUCUAUGUCUAUUUAAAGAACAGUUAAGAUUAAGAAAUUUAACCUUUAUCUUUGGGAUGUAAAAAUUUUUUCUGGGAAAUUAUUCGUUUGAAUGUAAUUUUUAUCUUGCAAUAUUUAUUUGUACGUUUAUCAUUUCCCCUAAGUUAUUGUCAUUGUUAUAUAGACACUGCCAUUACAAAUAUCGGAUGGAUUUGCUUUCACUAUUGGUGAACUUUUCAUUGUUAGAACAUGCAAUGUUUCCAAAGACUGAAGAGUGUAGUUUUAUGUCGUCAUAUUUAAGCAUAGUUACAAAAAUGAUUGGAUAAAAAUCAAAAACUAGAUAACGCAAAGCAAAUUAUGGUGUUCCGUUGACCAAAAAUGGUUGUUAGUUCUUACUUUUUCAAUGUAUUGUGGUAACACUUGUGUUCUGCUAUAGCACGCAGCAACUCUUCAUGUUGAUCGACAAGUAUUGUGAUGAUAUAUUUGAAUGUUAAAAUAUGGCCAAUGUGUGAAUAUUGUUAUAUUAUGCUCUCAUUAUAUAUAAAGCGAACUGAAACUGUUUUAAAGCAUGGUUUCUUACAGUCCUGAGUUCGGUCGAGAGUUACAAAAAAAUUUAUUUAACUUCUUGUCUGUGCACCUCUUAACCACUGCAUCUGGUUUCGUCUGCUGAAUAUUUGUAUCGGUGUUUGUAUGGUGGAAUCCCUCCCUUUCUAGCCUGCUGAUAUUGAAAAGACUGUCCAAGUGACUCUCUUGGAUUAUGUAUGUAUAGUCAACAGCAACAAAUAUCUAAGAAAUGUAAAUCAAGAAACUGGAAUAUAUUAUGUGUUUGUAUUGAUCUCAAAAUUUCAAGUUUUAUUGGAAAUUGUAUGGAUAAGAAUAAGAACAUGGUAAAAUUAUUAUUCAUUAGGCCAGGUGUUAUUGAUUUUCAAUGAAACUUUCAAUCCUUCUCCUUUCCUUUCUUUCAUCAAAAAUUACGUGAGGCACAAAAGAUAACAUACUUUUUACCAUUUUUUUUUUUUCAAUUUAUGCCUGUAUUAUGAAACGUUUUCUAAAACUGCUGAUAAAGAUCUUAUAUUUUCUAACUCGAUUGCUCUCAGCAUAUAUGUCUGGAUCUAACAACUCAAUAAUUAACAAUAGAUUUUAACUGAAAUAGCAUUAUCUUUCUGGAAAUCCUCCGAAGCUAAUUUUUCAAAAUAAGCAUAUGGGUCUUUUGCUUAAUACUCAUUCAGAUUUCUUUCAUUCAUGAGUUGUUUCAUAAAUUUUAAAAAACAAUAAUUCUUUUUAUCAGAAGCUUGAUCAUCUCACCAAUACUCCAAAAGUAGUCGGCUUGCUGACGGUAUCAGAUGUUAAAAACUGUUAAUAUUUAGUAGAAAAACGAAACAUGUUCAACAAGUGCAUGAUCUGAGAUUCAAUGUGUAUGAUCUAAAGAAAAUUUCUAUUUUAAAAUGACAUUAACCAUUUAUCAGAUCAGAGAUGCAAAAAUAAGAGCUUGAAAGUGUAGUACACAAAAGGAAAAAAAAAUAACAUGUCGAUUUUUGGUUGGGGACAGUUGAUGGUUCAUCACAAAAAGGAAGCAAAGACCUUCAAUUGAGCAUCGAAGUGACUACCAAUUGAUUAAUCACCUAACAUUUUAUAAAUAUGGGAAUAAUUUACUUAAAAUAGUGAAAGCAAAAGAGAUAAUCUGUUCGAGGGAUGAUCUGUUCAUGAAACGAAUAGAACUUUUUCAAGGUAAAGCCAAAAAAAAUUAGUCAUUAGCUAGGAUUCGAACAAAUUCAAAUGGCUCGGAUUGUUAAGUAUUAUUCCAGUAUUAUUACAUUUUUCGAUGUAUAGAAAAUAUUUUGAAAUUGUAUUCUCGUAAAAACGAUGCAAGUUUUAAAUAUUAAUUUACAUACAUUCUACAAUAUCAGUUGAAAGUUUUUCUAAAGGAUCAAUAUUGUUCCUUUUUUUUAAUGGACUUUGAAAAUUACAGCAGUUAGUGUCUAUUAUCUUUCUACUAAAAAUAAUAAGUAAAUAUAAAGAUUAGUAUCCAUGUUUAAAGGAGUGUUUAGAAUGAUUCAUUUCUCGUUUAAAUGCUAAAGAAGGUUAUCGGGCUCUUCUGGUAGAAGGCCAAAAAUGCAAGAAGAGAAAUAGUGCGCCUCUUUAUCAUUCAACUCAGCAAAUGCAUAAUGAAUUCAGCAUUUUUAGUAUAUAUCCGAAACAUUUGUUCAGCUCUUACUCGUUUUAAGAUUACAGGAUUACUUUGGGUCUAUACACAUUGCUGAAUACUUCUUCUCAUCUGAUCUUUGUUAUUAUUACUAAAAAAAGGAUGUGCUAAUCAAUGGUUUGAAGGAAUAGCACUUUGCAACUUAGGGAAUAUUUUGAAUCGAUACAAUUUUUUUCAUUUUAAUUUUGCCUAUUAAUAGAAUUUUCCCAUAUUUUCAAAGAAAUGAAAGAGUAAAAUUGUGAAAAUCAUUGGUGUUUAAUUAUAUUUUAUAGUGGGUAUGAAUGUUUGAAUUUAAUCUCAAAGAACUUAUAUAUUUCAAUUGAUCUCCGAAAUAAUUUUGAUCUCGUAUUUCGAAGAAGUAUGAGUUUUAUUGAAACAUUCAUUAUUUAAAGAAGUAAAAUAUUAGUUUCUUAUAAAUUGUAACAAAUGUUAAUCAAAAAUUUUACUGAAAAAAACAUCCUGAUUUCAGUAAAUGUUUAAUAACUAUUAUGAUACAGAAAUCUAUUUUUAGAUUUUGCGAUUUAAACAAAACACUUUUUUAUUUCGAUACAAUUAAAAAUUUAUUUCAAUAUGAGAAUAUAUUGUAUUUAUUUUCAAUUAUUAUAAUUUCUCAAUCACAUUUUUGAAUUCAGUCUUCCGGGGUUUAUGAAGAAAUCAUUAAUUAACUGAAUUUAAAAUUAUUUUUAAGAAAACUUAGUAUUUAUUCUUAUCCAUUACAAUUUUCAUUUAAAAUUAAAAAUUUGUGCAUUUAAAACUUAUUUGUGCUUUUGAAUGUAGACAUUAUUGAAUGUAAACAAGUGUCAUGUGAUAUCGGUGUUUUCAUGAAAACGUAUCAGGCCAGCAUUAAUUGUUCGUCGACGCUGUCUCGAUUUCAAUAAAUGAAGAAUCUCAAACCUAAGUUCAAGCGUAAACGUUCAAUAAAUACUGUACUGAGACGCACAAAUGAAUGAAAUUAAAUAUAAUCAUGUGAUGCUGGUAUACAUAUUUUUUGUCAGUGUCAUGUGAUAUGAAAUAAAAUUUAAGUGGUUAACUGCCAGCAUUCCGUUUCACAUCCUUUGUCGGCAAAACGAGCGGACCAACAAGCACAUGCAUCAAGCAAAGAAAUUAAAAAAGCAGCGCUCGAGAAUUUUCACACUGAAAGCAGUAGCGCCAUCUGUUGAUGAUUUUUCAAUUUAGUAGUUAUAAAUCAUCUAUUUUAAAAAAUGAGCUAUAUUAGAAUUCCAUAAAGGAGAUUUAAGAACUUUGUUAAAUUUGUGGCUUGCGAUGUGUGUUAAUUUUGCAAGGUACCAGAAACGUUAUCAAAAUUGAUACUUGAUUAUGAAUGAUGUUUUAAAUAAAUGGAUUUUACUGCCGAA